AUGACAUUAAAGCAAAUUUUGGAACAAUUCUUUUAUUUCGAAUGGCAUUGGCCAUCUGCAAUUAUCAUCAUUUCAUUUCUAAUCUAUGCUAUUGUGAUGACAAUGAUCUUACCCGGUAAAGAAUAUACUGGACCCAUAACUGACACGGGUCAUGUGCCAAUCUAUCGAGACAAUGGCUUUACUUAUUAUUUUGUUUCUCUCGGUUUGUUUGCACUGUUAACAUUGGUACUGAAAAUGAAUCACCUGUCGCCGACGUAUAUCUAUGAUCAUUGGGAAGAAUUUCUGUCAACUGUCAGCACAUUUGCCUUUAUUCUAUGCUUUUUCGUUAUGCUUAAAGGAAAAUAUAUGCCGUCGACCAAUGAUCACCGAUCGUCAUCGAAUUGGAUAACAGAUUUCUACCGAGGCGUGGAACUUUAUCCCCGAAUAUUUGAUGUCGACAUCAAACUUAUCACAAAUUGCCGAUACGGAAUGUUAUCCUGGGCACUUCUGUCAGCUAUUUUCUGCAUGAAAACCUUCGAACUUCAUGGCUACACAGACAGCGCACUGGUCACGUGUUUGUUAACAAUCAUCUACUUAACAAAAUUCUUCUGGUGGGAAUCAGGUUAUAUGAAGACAAUGGAUAUCAUCGUCGAUCGUGCUGGAUUUUAUCUUUGUUGGGGCUGUCUUGUUUGGGUGUCAGGUCUUUAUACAUUGCCAUCAUAUUUUCUCGUUACUCAUCCAAUUAAACUUGGUCCAGUAUUAACAAUUACAAUUCUGGCGUUGGGUGUGUUUUCGAUCUAUAUCAAUUAUGAUUGCGAUCGACAAAAGAUUGAUGUACGGGCAAGCAAUGGUCAAUGUAAAGUUUGGGGUAAACCAUCGCAUAUCAUUCGUGCCAAAUAUGUUCUCCUAAAUGGUAAACAAUCGGAAAGUAUUCUUCUAGCAUCCGGUUAUUGGGGUCUAUCAAGACACUUUCAUUACAUUCCUGAAUUAACUUUGGCUUUUCUUUGGUCAUGUCCAUGUGGUUUUAAGUUUAUUUUACCAUAUAUUUAUUUUAUAUUUCUCUCGAUUUUACUCAUGCAUCGUGCCCACCGUGAUGAUCAGAAAUGCCGACUGAAGUAUGGCAAAGCUUGGGAUAGGUAUUGUCAACUUGUUCGAUGGAAAGUUUGGCCUGGAAUAUAUUAG